AUGGAUGGCGACGGCGGAGUGGCCAACGCGGGGGGAGGAGGGGCGGCGGUGCACGGGCUGGGGAGCAGAGCCGAGGAGACGGGGCCGAGGGAGGGGGUUACGAGGGGAGGAGGCGGCUGGAUGGGAAACCCUUGCGGGAGCCAGAUCAAGCCUCUAUGGACCGGCCGAGGGAGCAAGGCCCUAGAUGGGCCGGCCACCGCAUCGGGCUGUAGAGGCCCACACACCACGGGCCCAAUUAUGGGCCCAGCCACUGAAGGCCGAACCGGCAUAGGGGCGGCCGUGGUUUGGCUCAAUGCACGACCCGAGCCAGCCAGGAGGCGUCCCAGCCAAGCAGGGCACGCCGCGCGGGAGGCUAGGGUUUCCCCCGCAGCCGCCGGCGACGCCGGAGAGAAGUCCGGCCGGCAAUGGGAGCUCCAAGCGCGCAGGCAGCGCGAGUCGGGAGAGAAACGGACGAGAGGAGCCGAAGGCAGCGAUGAACGCGCGGGCGGAAGAGGGAGCGACGCGAGAUCACCGGAGGACCCCUGGGCCACGCCGGUGUCGCCGCGGGAGCACCGCCCGGAGCUAGGUCCACCUGAGACCGCCACGACGAGCAGGCGAAGCCGAGGUCGGCCCGACCCGCGACCCCCAGCCAGCCGGGUGGCGGCGGCGGGAGCCCCCGGCCCUCAAGGCGGCGCCUUGCCCCGCGGGCGACCGAGACGAGCUUGGCGGCCGGCGACGGGACUGAGCUGGUGCGCGGGCAGCCGAACUCCCACCCCUGGGAAUAGGGCCGCCGGCGGCACCGAGCUGCAACGGACGGGCCGGAGUGGGAGGGGGGACGCGGUCGUGGCAGAUGACAGAUGA